CUCUGCGGCGCUGGGGCAAGAUGGCUGCUGAGAAACAGGUUCCUGGCGGCGGGGGCAGCGGCGGCGGCGGCGGCAGCGGCGGCGGAGGCAGCGGCGGUGGCGGCAGUGGGCGCGGUGCCGGAGGAGAAGAAAAUAAGGAGAACGAACGACCUUCUGCCGGAUCGAAGGCAAACAAAGAAUUCGGGGACAGCCUGAGUUUGGAGAUUCUUCAGAUUAUUAAGGAAUCCCAGCAGCAGCAUGGCUUACGGCAUGGAGAUUUUCAGAGGUACAGAGGCUACUGUUCCCGUAGACAGAGACGUCUCCGGAAAACACUUAACUUCAAGAUGGGGAACAGACACAAAUUCACAGGGAAAAAAGUAACUGAAGAUCUUCUCACUGAUAAUAGAUAUUUGCUUCUGGUUCUGAUGGAUGCUGAAAGAGCCUGGAGCUAUGCCAUGCAGCUCAAACAGGAAGCCAACACUGAACCCCGAAAACGGUUCCACUUACUGUCUCGCCUACGCAAAGCUGUGAAACAUGCAGAGGAAUUGGAGCGCUUGUGUGAGAGCAAUCGCGUGGAUGCCAAGACCAAGUUAGAGGCUCAGGCUUACACGGCGUACCUCUCAGGAAUGCUGCGGUUUGAACAUCAGGAAUGGAAAGCUGCCAUUGAGGCUUUUAACAAAUGCAAAACUAUCUACGAGAAGCUCGCCAGUGCUUUCACAGAGGAGCAGGCCGUGCUGUACAACCAGCGUGUGGAAGAGAUCUCGCCCAACAUCCGCUACUGUGCAUACAACAUUGGGGACCAGUCAGCUAUCAAUGAGCUCAUGCAGAUGAGACUGAGGUCUGGGGGCACCGAGGGUCUCCUGGCUGAAAAAUUGGAGGCAUUGAUCACUCAGACUCGAGCCAAACAGGCAGCUACCAUGAGUGAAGUGGAAUGGAGAGGGAGAACAGUCCCAGUCAAGAUCGACAAAGUGAGGAUCUUUUUAUUGGGACUGGCUGAUAAUGAGGCAGCUAUUGCUCAGGCUGAAAGUGAAGAAACCAAGGAGCGUUUGUUUGAAUCCAUGCUCAGCGAGUGUCGGGACGCCAUCCAGGCCGUUCGGGAAGAGCUCAAGCCGGAUCAGAAACAGAGAGAUUAUACCCUUGAUGGGGAGUUGGGGAAGGUAUCUAAUCUUCAAUACCUGCACAGCUACCUGACUUACAUCAAGUUGUCGACAGCAAUCAAGCGUAACGAGAACAUGGCUAAAGGUCUGCAGAAGGCCCUGCUGCAGCCUCAGCCAGAAGAUGACAGCAAGCGCUCCCCCAGGCCACAGGACCUGAUCCGGCUCUACGACAUCAUUCUGCAGAACCUGGUGGAGCUGCUCCAGCUCCCUGGCUUGGAGGAGGACAAGGCCUUCCAGAAAGAGAUAGGCAUCAGGACUCUGGUGUACAAGGCUUACAGGUGUUUUUUUAUUGCUCAGUCCUAUGUGUUGGUGAAGAAGUGGAGCGAAGCCCUUGUCCUGUAUGACAGGGUCCUGAAAUAUGCCAAUGAAGUGAAUUCUGAUGCCGGGGCCUUCAGGAGCAGCCUGAAGGACCUGCCCGACGUGCAGGAGCUCAUCGCACAAGUGCGGUCAGAGAAGUGCUCGCUGCAGGCGGCGGCCAUCCUGGAUGCAAGUGACUCCUACCAAACAGAGACCGCCUCCCAGGUCAAGGACAGUAAGCCUCUGGUGGAACGGUUUGAGACAUUCUGCCUGGACCCUUCCCUCGUCACCAAGCAAGCCAGCCUCGUGCACUUCCCGCCAGGAUUCCAGCCCGUCCCCUGCAAGCCUUUGUUCUUCGACCUGGCCCUCAACCACGUGGCUUUCCCACCCCUGGAGGACAAGUUGGAGCAGAAGACGAAGAGCGGCCUCACUGGCUACAUCAAGGGAAUCUUUGGGUUCAGGAGCUAACCAGGCUCUUCUGGGGGCAGAGGAGAUUCUGACUCGAUCUGUAUUGUGAGAAAACCCCAGCCAAUUCCAUGAUAUUAAAUCCAGGUCCGCAUUGGCCCAGGGCGGGAGUUAACACCCUCACUCAGCCCGUGUCCCUGUGUCUUGUGUGUGCACCCACAUCCUUAAGCAGUGCUGGAAGCGCAUCCCGCCAUCUCCUGGGACCUGUGUGCGGGUCCCUCUGUCUGCUGCUCCUGGGGAGGGCACCGCCAUCUGCCCUGUGCGAGCUGUGGUUGGUUCCUGUCGGUCAGUGAUGUGCUUGGGAGGGAGGUUCACACCAGGCACGGAGGGCGGUUCGGAGCGCCCAGUCCCGCUGCUUCAGUCCCUUGGAUUUGAAACGGACUCCUUGCUGCGAGGACGCGUUGGCCACGUCGCCCCCGAGUUACAGUCAGCGUGCGCCCCCAUCCACAUCCAAGUGAGAGUUAAGUUUCACAACAAGCAGAGCUCUAUUUUUGGAAGAAAUGUGUUACACUCAAAUGAUGAAAACAAAUCUUAUAUUAAAAGGCAAAGA